UAGGAACACGUGUCUUUUUCCGGAAGUUUGAACCCGAGACACCUGGGAUACAGAUAUUAUUCUUGCUGCCGUUCUUCAGCCGGGAUUAACCCCUUGCACUCCUUUCGACUUCUUACCUGGACCUCCUUAUCGUCUUGGCUUUAACCCCUUGUCCAGGUGUCCUCUCCUGCGCCUCCAGCCUCCUCCAGUUGCCUCCAGCCUCCUCCAGUUGCCUCCAGCCUCCUCCCAACACUUUUCCUUAUCUCUCAUCUAUAUCCGGCCUUCCUAAUCUUAGCGCGGCUUGUCCACCCCCUCCCUUCACAGCUGGUUUGCUUUCUAUGAAUGUGGCCCUGAAGUGCCUGUCACGGGGUGGUCCCUGUGUCACCUCCAAAACGACGUGGUACUUUCCGCCUGGCAAGGUGAGGCGCGCCACAUCUGCACGGUGGUGCGAGGCUUUGGGAUGAAUGAUGAGAUGGCUGCAGGUCCUGCAGUACGAAGGGGACGAGGAGCGGGACGGUCUUAUAUACAGUAUAUAUUUACGCAACGCAAACUCCCAGCAGCCUCCUGUUAGAGUGUUAGCUCUGCGCGCCGGCACACUGUCCAGGCUUAUCCUCCAUCUUCUCGAAGCCCGUCUUCUGGGGGACACCACCUACAUCCCGGCCUUCCUCGCCACCUAUCGCACCUUCACCAACACUCCUGAAGUGCUGAGGACGCUGCUGGACAGGUUGCAGGAGGAUAACUACACACAGACAGCUGGAAAGUCUUAUGGAGGAAAGGAUGAUGAGAUCAGCAGUCUCUUCUGCGCCUGGAUGUCUCAGUAUCCUGAGGACUUCAUAUCACUGGACUCUGCUAUGAGGGAACAGCUGUCUCGCUGCUUCUUAAAACUUAAGAAAUCAAAUCUGGUAGCAAAACUACAGGAGGUCAUUGCCGGGGAGAAGCCUGAGAUACCGACUGGGUGGGAGAAGAUUGAGGAUACCCACUCGGUAGGAGAGGAGGACGAGCACUACGACCCUUUAGAUAUCCUGACAUUCCAAGCCGUAUACGUGGCGGAGCAACUGACCUGCCUGGAGGCUUCUCUCUUCCUAAGAGUCGUCCCAUAUGAGUGCCUGGGGUCUGUAUGGUCUCGAAGAGACAGGGGAGGCGAGCACUGUGACCGAUGUCACUCUGUCAGGGAGACCGUCCGCCAUUUUAACCGCCUGUCGGGGGCCGUGACAUCAUCCUGUGUCCAAGACCCACAACUGAAGCCGCAACAAAGGGCUCGGGUUAUUGAGAAGUGGGUGAAGGUGGCCGAGGAAUGUUGGAACCUCAGGAACUUCUCCUCGGUUUACGCCAUUCUCUCGGCUUUACAAAGUACAUCCGUGCACCGGCUGAAGAGAGUAUGGGCAGAGACAUCCAGGGAAGCCCAGCGCAGUUACCAAGAAAUGAGCGAGGUGUUUUCUGAGAAGGACAACUACGCCCGGAUGAGGGACCUGCUCUUCCAGUCUCAGGAUGCAACUGAUGUUACCCUCAAAAAACACAACCCCCGCCCCAGAGACCCCAGAGCCACGGGGGUCAUCCCGUACCUCGGAGUCUUCCUCACUGACCUGGUCAUGCUGGACUCUGCCAUCCGGGAUCAGCUGGAGAACGGUUACCUGAACUUUGAGAAGCGCAGAAAGGAGUUUGAGUCACUCUCUCAGAUCCGUAUUCUGCAAACUGUGUGCCUGGGAUAUCGAUUCAGGUCGGAUCGGCACUUCGUUGGCUGGUUCCAGCGAUUGCGUCUGAUCAGCGAGGAUGAGGGUUACCGAUUGUCAUGCGAGAUCGAGUCGACCCAAGAUACAAGUGUGACCACACCAGUGAAGCCUACAGUGAUCAUCACACACUGCACAGACCUUUUGGCCUCCAUUGCUGCACCUUUUGGACCCGGCAUGCACCUGGUGUCUUGGGAUUCACCCUGCGAGCGACUGAUGGCGCCAGGCCUGGCUACGCACCAGAAGAGCCCUUCAGUCGGAGAGCUGGAUAUGCAAGGCUCCCCCAAACCAGCGCACAAAGGUUUCCUGACCUCGGCUUGCAAGGUGCGGACACACAGACGUUCUGCAUCCUGCGGCAGUCCUCUGAAUGUAACCAUGCAGCCCAGCACGUCUUCUGAGAGCCUCGGUGAGCCUGGGAAAUUCCCUGACCCUGCCGCAGAUUUCCGUAUCAUUCGUGCUCGUGUGGAGCCAGCAGAGGAGAACAGUGUGUACAAGAGCGUGCGGAUCAAUAGUCAGGAGAAAACUCCCACAGUGAUCGACAGGAUCAUCCGGAAACAUCACAUGAGUCUGCAGGGGCGGCAGGAGCUUGUCCAGCUGUUACCUGGAAAUAAAGAGCUGGUGAUCCCCGGAACGGCCAACGUCUUCUACGCCAUGAGCUCGGCCAGCUUGGACUUCCUGGUGCGUCCGCAGCAUCAACCCAAUCCGAGCCCUCAACCUGAAUCCCGCCACCAUCUGAAGGCGCAAAUCCACGCCACCUACCCCAAAAUCAAGGCCAAAGCUGGAGACUUUGCAAAAUCCCUCUUUUAAAGUAUCUACCAGUAGGACUGACGCUACAUAAGACUUUGUAUCAUCCCGGGGAGGGGCUCAGUAUUCAUAGCUUCUGACUACCUGGACGCGACACUUCCCUCGCUGGGUGAUGACUGUGGGGGAUCGGCGAUUGCACAUUCUUAGUUCCGGCGUUACGCCAUCGAUGCCACCGUCUGUCUGACGCUGCAGGAACUGAAGCAAUCCAGGAGUUAUGUGGUGUCUGUGCCCCACAGCAUCACUCCGGGGAUGACUCCGCACGUAAAGGGGCUGCUUAGGCCUCCAUACACUAUCCUGAAACACUAUGUAUUGUAUUGUAUUUCU